AUGUCUGCUACAGCACACACGGGCGAGAGUAUACGAAGCGAAGCCAUAGCACGACGAAAAGUAUAUAAAAACGUAAUCGAUUCCCCCUUUGCAUUGAAAUGGCCUGCUGUGUCCAGCGAUCUCAACGAAUCGAUCCUCGACAACUUGAUAAAAGUGCUCGAACCUAUUGGCCAACAUCGACGAGUUGUUGCUGAAUCCAAACGCAAAAAGCAAAAGGGUGAUGAUGCCACUACGACAACGCCAGCCUAUCCAGAUAUUCAUCAACGUGUAUGCAUUGGCAUCAAUGAUGUGACCAAGCUACUCGAGAACGCUAUCCAAUCCAAGACCAAGAGACCAAACACAGCCAUCUUUGUAUGCAAACGUGAUAUGAAACCACCUCAUCUAUGCUCGCACUUGUUGACAAUGGCUCCCUUGACAAGCACCAAGAUUGUUAGCUUACCUCAGGGCGCAGAGAUCAAACUUGCAAAGGCGCUUGGAUUACAACGUGCUUCAUGCAUUGCUGUGGAUAUUGUGGAGGGAAAAGAAGAGCGAUUGCGACUGGAUAUGGAUGAAGUGCCUAUAGUGGAUGCGCCUUGGAUUACGGGUGAUGGAGGGUAUCAGCCAACCAAUAUCAAGGUUUUGGAAACGUCUGCACCUAUCAAACCAAAGAAACGACCUGCACCACCCUUAUCGAAUGAUAGCCAGCAACAGCAACCAUUAGGAAAGAAAGCCAAGCGAUAG